CACACUCGCAUUCCAGCUCUAGGUGCCUCCAGAACCAGCUCCAGACCUCACAGGUCAUGCUGUCUCCAUAACAGCCAACCCAAGCAGCCAGCCCCCAGCUGCCACCCGCGCGAUGAAACCCCCAAAGCUCCCGCCGGGCGACCCGGACUACGUCCGCGCGACCGUCGCCCUCGUGAACUGGGACGAGGCCUCGGUACCGUGGUCGCUGAGCCCGUUCGGCCGCGCCUCCAACAUGCGCGCGUACCAGAACGCGCCGCGCAUGGCGGCCCUCAACGCCGGGCGGGAGCUGACGGCCGCCGAGGUUGAGGCCUUCAUGGAGCUCUCGUUCGACAUGCUGAGCGCCAAGAACGUCGCCGGCACUGUCUGCACCGCCCUGCCGGCCUACUACUUCUGGCGCCGCGGCAUGGCCCGCUUCUCCUUCCCGCUCUGGCGGCCCCUCGCCGCUGGCUUCGACGCGAACACCUUCCGCUUCCCGCUGGCGCCGCAGCCGCUCGUUGGCGCACCCGCCCGCGCCGCCUGGCACGGCCUCCGCUUCCUCGCCUACUGGGUCGCGGCCAGUCUCAUGGCCGGCGGCCUCGCCAGCGGCGCCGCCACGGCCGCGGUGGCGAACCGCGGCACCACGGACCCCAGGCUGGAGCAGUGGAGGGCCGACUGCAUGGCGCGCAUGUCGGCCAACAAGCCCCUGCCUGGCGGCCUCCCGCGGCCUCCCGUCCCGUUCCCCCAGCAGCAGCAGCAGCAACAGCAGAAUUCGGGCUACGGUGGCGACGACGGCAGCUCCUGGAGGCCAGACGACGACGGCUCGCACACCACACCGGCGUGGCCGACGGCUCCCAGCACACCAAGUCCGGCACGCUCCGAACCGCCCCGGCCCCCGCAGGACAGCGGCGGCUUUGAGGACCCGUUCGACGAAGGGUCGCCGGUCGCGCCCUCGUAUCGCGGGCCGCCGUCGCCCGGUGCGCCCUCCUCGACCGGCUCGGACGCGGGCGGGUCGGCUUGGGACAGGCUCAGGCGAGAGUCGGCCAACCGGGCGUCCGGCCGGGGCGACCAGCAGCCGUCGCGGUCGUGGGAUGCGAAGAGGGCCAGUGCAGCGAGCGGGAGCGAGGAGUCCUGGUCGUACUCGAGCCCAGGAGGAUCCGAGGCAGACACGGAUCAGGAAAGGGCACAGAAGGAGUUUGACGAGAUGCUGGAGCGCGAGAGGCGGAGUCCGUCCGGUGGCCGGAGCUGAGACAUGCGCGCAAUCGUAGUAGACUGCCUACCGACCUACCCACCUGCCCAUUAUAUCAUUAUUACUUUCCUCCAGGAGUCCAAAAGCCUUCAUGAUUCUUGAUGGAACGCAAAACACUUCCCAAAUGUCGAUGAUAACUUCAGGUGGCAAUAUCACCCACCACCGAUCCGGACCCAAACAUACAUGAUUUCCUUGUCCUUGGUUUAAGAUACAACGGAUUUAACGCCUUCCCGACUCCCUAUUAUGUUCCAGAAUGGCCUACGCGACAAAAUUCAGGUAUCUGGGCACUAAUUCUAACGACAUAGGAUGUGUCCGAACCAGGUAACCUCGUGCAGGAAAAUUGCCCGAAAUUUUGUAUCAUCUUGUACGACUGUCAAGGGGGUUCACAGUUCAGGUAGGACAAGGGUUCCAGGCCAAGCGUUGAGCAUAAAAACAAAACCACCAAAUACUUACAUCAUCCGGGCGAUGAUGCAAUCCCAUAACGCCACCCAUCGCAAUCGAUAUUGCGUGCCCGCUUCCAAGAAUACAUGAUAGAAAACAUCAGACCUCGUAAAAUCCUCCUCUCUCCUAUUCAUAAUUCCUUCCCUUUUUCAUGAGCAGAAACCCC